CCACAUUUCUCUCUCGCAACGACUCGUUAUACGAGGAGCUGUAAAGAUGGCGCUAGGUCCCCUGAAGAUCAAUCCGGUGGCUUUAAACCGGUUAAAAGCCUUCCUGAGUGAGCCAGCGUACAAGGAUGCGACGGAGAGUUCGUCGAUGUGCAACACACGCCUGGUGGUCGAGCGGCGCCUGCGGCUGCCUUUUCUGGACGCCCAGACGGGUGUGGCGCAGAGUGACUGCGCCCUGUGGAUGGCCCGCUGGCAGCGAAUGCCGGGCCAUGCCGAGGGCCAGCUCUACUCAUAUCCAGCACGGCGAUGGCGCAAGCGCCGUCGCCAGUACCUGAUGAAUGACCGGUACCUGGGGGCCACGCGACUGCGCGAGCAGCCGCCGGACUACGGGGACGCAGACAUGCACCAGAUCAGCGUGGUGGAGAAUGUGGCGGCACGGCCAACGGAGGGCCUGGACGAGGCUGCCGACAAAGGGGCUGGAGCCCCGGUUGGCGGUGAGGACUCUAACCAGUCGUGGUACCUGGACGAGGCCCAGGAGUCAACAGCUGCCCUGCUGGAGGCCACAGCAGUGGCCGACUUCCCCGACGACCCUGAGACAGACACGGAGGACUAUGACGAGACAUACACACGCAAGAAGAAGAAGAAGCCCAAGAAUGCUGGCCAGAAGAAGCGGACCCGCAUUGAGUACACGGACGCCGAGAAACCGUACAGCUGUGAAAUAUGCGGUGUGCGGUACAAGACGCGCCCUGGCCUGUCGUACCACUAUGCGCACAGCCAUAUUGCCAGCAGCAACAGCGGCACCAGCAGCGGCAGCGGGAGUACAGCCACGGCGACCCCGGCCGACCAUCACCCACCUUCAGCUGCGACCCAACAGGAGGACAGCGGUGGCUCGAGCAGUGCGCCUUCUGGUGGAGAGUUUGGCAGUGGCCGCGGUGGCGGCCCCGCCUCGGGUGACAGCCCCCUGGCUGGGCUGCGCAAGUUUCAGGACUCGUUCCUCUCUUUCCUGAAGACCCCCCAGGGGGGUGCUGCCCCCCCUGCAGAGGAGGCGGGGGUGCCUGCCCCUUCCCAGCAGCCGCCCCCGCCGCCGCAGCAGGGCCGCAGCGCCAGCGGCAAGCCCCUGGCCAACCCGAGCCCCUACUGUGACUUCUGCCUGGGCGACAAUGGCGAGAACAAAAAGACACGGCAGCCGGAGGAACUCGUCUCCUGCUCGGACUGUGGCCGCUCUGCGCACCCGUCUUGCCUCCAGUUCACGCCCAACAUGACUGUGUCGGUGAAGAAGUACCGCUGGCAGUGCAUCGAAUGCAAGUCCUGCGGCCUGUGUGGAACCUCGGACAAUGAUGAUCAGCUGCUGUUUUGCGACGACUGCGACCGGGGCUACCACAUGUACUGCCUGCAGCCGCCCCUGUCUGAGCCACCUGAAGGCCUGUGGAGCUGCCACCUGUGCGUGGAAGAGUACGGCCGCGUGGAGCAUCGGCCAUCCACAGCUGGAAGUUCUCCCUGAGCCACAGCAGCAACUGCCGCACACAUGCUCAAACAGUGCAUGAAGAUAAUAAAGGUCCCAGAGACAUUGCUUGCUCAAA